AUGCCGGUGCAAGAGUCUGUCGACAUGUCGGCCGCCUGGUUGGCCCACGCGCCUCCUCCGCCGCCGCCGACCACGGACGUUCGAAAGCCUCGCCGAAGCUCCUCCUACGAGCCCAUGUCGGCCAAGUCCGCCGGACAGAUGAACGACACCCACACGCGCGGUGGCUAUCUUCCUCCCAGCUCGCAUUCUCCCGAACCACCACGUCAACGCAGAACGUCUGUCGAGGAGCUCAAAAGCGCCGCUGCCUCGUCCUCGACGCCAUCCUCGCCUGUUAAGCGUGCGCGGUCCAAGGUCGCUUCCAACCCGGUGCCCCCCGCACCGAGUGCCUUUUACAAUUACCAACACCAGCUGCAGCAGCAGCAGCAGCAAAUGCAUCGCCAGAGAGAGCAGUCGGCUCCCACUCCGUCUCAGCCUCCGCAUCCACCAGCACACGAAUUCACCUAUAUGCAGCCACAGACACACCCACAGCCACCGCCGCAAUCCGUCGCCAUGACAUAUAGUCACUCGGACGCCGCAACGGCCCCAGUCCACCCGGGUUACGCAAGAGAACGCCGUGACAGCGCUCCGGCUUCCACGUUCGCCAACACGCAGCCACCUUACAAUGUCGCCUAUUCCCCGCAGAACCCGCAGCACCCUCAACACGCGUCGGCCGUUUCGCCCGUCUACACCUCUCCCUACGCAACCACGUCGGGUCCACCAGUCGCCGUUCAAGCCUAUGCCGCCCCGGCCCCCGGCGGCUACGCCCCCCACAGCAUGGUACCCGCCUCCCAUCUCCAACACUUGGCCUCGCAUGCCCAGCAAUACAGCGUGCCCGCACACCAACACCAGCACUGGCUGCCACCACAGCCGGCUCAGCCUGCAACGCAACCAGGCGUGCCGCACCACUACUAUACCGCCGCUCCCGUCCCGCCUGCAUCGGGACACCCCUGGGAUGCACAUGCAGUGAACGCCACUCCACCUCAACAAGCAGGCAUGGCCUUCCCUACAACGACAAACGCCAUGCCUCCCAUCACCUCGCCCGAGAUGCACACGUUCCCCGCCACACAGAUGAGCCCUACACCAGGCGGCGCACCCAAUGGCGCCCAAGUGCCCCCUCCAGUCGUCUCGCAUGCUGCAUAUGCGUCCGACUUGAGCAGGCAAUCCACCAUUUCAUCCGUCGGAUCGGUUCGCAGACCCCUGCCCCAGCCGACGCGCACCUCCUCCAAUCCAUCGGCUCCUGGCUCGCCCUCGACGGGCACUGUUGGUCUCAACAAUCGUGCCAGCGUGCGACGCGACCUUCCUCGGCUGCCCCCGGGUUCGCCAGCAACCAUAUCGGCGGCUUCCACUUUUGCUUCUUCCAACCUCGCCAAAAGAGACAACAGCAGUCCCGGAUCGCCCGACGCGGCCACCAUGUCGAGACUUCCUCCCGCCGCCUUGAACCGGACGGAAAGCGUCAGACUAGCGGCAGAAGCCCUCAUGGCGCGCGGAGCACCACAGCGACGACCACUGCGCUCCCCACUCGCGAGCACCACCUUUUCCCCCCCUUUGCCACCCACCAGGAUGGCAGCAAGUCCGCUGGCGCAAAGCAGCCCGCUUCCAUCCAGCCAGAGCGAGCCCGCCACAGCCGGCACUGGCGCAUCUGCUGCUCGCACUGCAGCACAGUACACGGCAGAAGUGACGGCGCCAUCGAAUCCACGUGGAGAGCCCCAGUCGAGCCAAAGCGACGGAUCCAUUCUGGCGAGCUCGGUCGGCUCGAGAACCAGCCCAUCUAGCGCGCAGCCGGCGAACGGAUACCCUCACCACGCUCAGCAUGGCGCGACCUCGGCGCCUGCACGUUACCAAGAUGCCAUGAACCAGGCUGCGCAGUACAACCAGCCGCAGGCGCCCGCGCAGAAUCACGCCGCACAGCGCCAGUCGACGGACGAGCUGGCCACAUCGAUAAACAAGAUGAGCGUCAGCCAGCCGGCCGCCUCGCCAGCCCCAGCAAAGGUGGAGCAGCCCGCAGCGUCCAUCCCGGUCUUUAGCUUCGACGCGCCGGAGGCCGAGCCGGAAAGACCCAGACGCCGACGAGGCAGCAGCGUUUCGCGAGCGUCACCCACACCGGGCCACAAGGUGAUUCAGCAUGCAACAGCGCCUUCAGCCGUACCCACCAUCGUUCUGCCCGGCGAUGACGACGCUUUCGACGGUCCAUCAAUCCAGGUCUCGGGACCCGACGGCGAUAACGGCGGCACGGGCUCAGCACCCAUGAUCUCGAUCAGCACCGAUGACGACGAUGCGCGUUCCCAGACGAGCAAUGGCAGCCGGGGUCCGGCAAUCUCGGUGUCGUUCUUGGGCGAGCCUGCAGCCAAGUCUCAGAGGGCUGGCACGAGCCAUUCGCCCUCCUCGACUCCGUACGGCAAGAAAGACGCCGACAGUGGACGCGUGUCGGCGUCGUCGGUCGGCAGCGGCGCGGGCUGCCACGGCUGUCGCAAGUGGAUCGCCGGCAAGGUGGUGCAUGCGCUCGGCACGACUUUCCACCCGAGCUGCUUCGUGUGCGCGCACUGCUCCGAGGGCCUCGAGCACGUGGCCUUCUACGAGCACGAGGGGCUGCCGUACUGCCACUUUGACUACCACGAGCUGUUCUCCAAGCGAUGCUUCCACUGCCGCACGCCCAUCGUGGACGAGCGGUACAUCACUGUGCAGGACGACGAGCUCACCGGCCAGGACGGCGAGACCAACGAGCGGUGCUACCACGAGCUGCACUUCUUCUGUGCCAACUGCGGUGAUCCGUUCUUGGAUCCCAAGGUGGCCGGCUCGGCCGCGGGUUCCGAUCCGGGUCAGUUGGCCGCGGACGAGAACGGCAAGAUCAAGCACGGCGGCAUGGAAUUCAUCGUGCACAAGGGCUAUCCGUACUGCGAAAAGUGCCACGUGUCGCUGCACAAGCCGCGAUGCAAGGCGUGCAAGAAGCCCAUCGUGGACGACCUCAUCUCGGCGCUCGGAGGCAAGUACCAUCCGGAGUGCUUUACGUGCACGGCAUGCGCGCAGCCGUUCUCCGACACGCAGUUCUUCGUCAAGGACGCCAAGCCAUACGACGAGGAGUGCUACAAGGUGCUGCUGCGCAACAUGAUCUGA